AUGCAAGAAUCCCAGGAAUACCUAGACUUAGACCCAGGUUCAGAGAAAAUAGGAGAUACCCCAUCACCUGAUAUAGCACGUGAUUUGGAGGAGCAAGCCGAGAAGGCUGCUGAGUCAGCGGUAGAUGGCCAGCGUGCUGACUCACUCCACAGACACAACUCUUACCCUAUCCCACCCUUGGCUGGACUGACCCUUCAGAGAACACUUACCCAUCGUUCCAGAGUAUCAAGGCUGAGUCAUCACUCCGAGGAGCAGUCAGGUGACCAAUCUGGUAACGCGAUGAACUCGGAAACCCCCGCCUUACCUGGGCAUGUGACUCAGGACCAUUUAUCUCAAACACGACGAUAUCUUAUUUGUUUCAUGUUGUGUGUCUGCACACUUCUCGUGGCUAUCGAUGAGACUAUCAUCACUACAGCGCUUCCUGAGAUUGUGGCUGCCUUGAAAUCGUCUUCUGGAUAUACGUGGAUUGGAACCUCUUAUCUUCUUGCAUGUGCUUCUUCCAUGCCUGCAUAUGGAGCUCUUGCAGACAUUUUUGGGCGUAAACCGAUCAUUCUCUUGUCAAUUGCACUGUUCCUGAUUGGCUCUGCUAUUGCUGGAGCUGCCACCGACAUGGGCAUGAUGAUCAGUGGACGUGUCAUUCAGGGUAUUGGAGGAGGAGGUAUUUCCAACCUGGUGAACGUCAUUGUGGCCGAUAUCAUUGAUCUCAAGUACCGAGGUACAUUUAUGGGUGCCAUUGGAGCCACCUGGGCCGUUGGAGGAUGCAUGGGACCUCUUCUUGGUGGAGCUUUUGCCUCUGGAGGACAGUGGAGAUGGUGUUUCUUCCUCAACCUGCCCAUUGCAGGGGUUUGCUUCAUUUUCAUGGCUUGGCUGGCUAACAUUAAGUCUCCUCCUACGACGUUGAGAGACGGACUCAAACGAAUCGAUUUUCUGGGCAUUAUUCUUAUUACGUGCGCCACUGUGUGUCUUUUCUUGGCUCUGGACUGGGGAGGAGUUCAUUUUGCCUGGAACUCUGCUCCUGUCAUUGUGUGUCUGGUUCUGAGUGGAGUUCUUUACAUUGCUUUCGUCCUGUGUGAAAAAUACAUCCCCAACGAGCCCGUGAUGCCCCCCAGGUUAUUCACCAAUUUCUCUCGAACUGGAGCUCUUCUCUGCACUUUUUUCCACUCCACCACCUUUAUGGCAGUUUCCUACUUUACGCCCUUCAUGUACCAGUCUGUUUACAACAAGAGCCCCAUUGGAGCAGCCGUCUACCUGCUUCCCCAGGCCAUUGUCAUGGGCCUGGCUUCUGCUAUCAGUGGAUACAUCAUUACAAAGACAGGCAAGUACAAGAUCAUCAUGAUUGUUGGCUUCUCCCUGGCAGCCAUCUUCAACGGAAUGAUAGUCACUCUCAAUCCCGACUCCAACACCGCCAAGCAGAUCAUGUGGGUCACCGUCUGGGGUAUUGGUAUUGGUCCCAACUUUGAGUCCACUCUGAUUGCUCUACAUACCCAUAUCAAGUCUCAGGACAUUGCCACGGCUACAUCGACCUGGGGCUUCCUUCGAACCAUCGGGUUCUCCAUCGGUAUUGCUAUUGGUGGAGUUGUGUUCCAGAACAAGAUGCAGACUGAGAAUGAAGAACUGGGACACUUGCUGCCUGCGGACUUGAGAGAACUACUGACUGGUGCCGAUGCUGCUGCUUCUACUACACUCAUCAAGAACUACUCUGAGCCCGUUCAGAAAGUAGCCAAGCUCAUGUACUCCAGAUCCUUCAAAGACAUGUUCUGGACGUGUCUGGGCUUGUGUCUGGGCUAUCUCUUUGUGUUCCUCAUCAAGGAGCGGCCUCUGGAGAUGAAGGACGCCAAGGGCGAGACAACUGAGACGGAGGACGAAGUUGACCAGAUUGUUGAUGUGAUUGUCGACGACUUCGAGGGCAACCAGAAGCACAGGGACGGGGCCUAA